AUGCAAGUAAAGGAGCGUUUCAACGAAACAUUCAGAAAUGGGUUGACUCCUAUUUCAAAAUCUACCGUCGAACGAACGAUUCGGCGGUUCAAUGAUACUGGCAGCGUGAAAGAUCGACCUAAAACGGGUAGGCCAAUGACAACAACAAAUUUUGACAAUUCAUUGAAUGUUUUAUUGUCAUUCAUUGAUGAUCCGCAUAGUUCAACCCGUAAGGUCUCUCAAGAACAUGAAAUAAGUACAAUGUCUGUUCAUAAGAUAUUGAAAAAAAAUGGAUUUCACCCGUACAAAGUUAACCUUGUUCACGAGCUAAAUGAAGACGAUUUCGAUAGACGCGUUGAAUUUUGUGAGUAUAUGAUGUCACGAAUCGAUGAUGACCACAACUUUCUAUCGAGAAUAGUCUUCUCGGAUGAAGCAACAUUUCAACUAAAUGGGACUCUGAAUAGGCAUAAUUGCAGAUAUUGGGAAACUACAAAUCCUAAUUGGAUGAGAGACAAUAGAACACAAUAUCCGGAGAAACUGAAUGUUUGGGCUGGCAUAUUAAGAAAUAGAAUUAUAGGACCGUUCUUUAUUGAUGGUAAUUUGACUGCUGAAAAAUACGAGGACAUGCUCCGGAAUCAAAUUGUUCCCGUAAUAAGAGAAAUCUCUGAAAACUUCGAACACAUAUGGUUUCAACAAGAUGGAGCUCCGCCCCAUUAUGGAUGA